AUGUCAGUGUAUAUCUUUUGCGUGUUCUCAUUCGUGCUCACAUUUAUAUCGGGCGGAAAAUGUGCAUUUAAGACUAACCGGUGCAGCUGUUGUUUACGCGCAAACAACCCCUGUGAUUGUCCCAAACUCUGGUUCAAAAAGUAUCCAGACCGGUGCGGCGUUGGGAUCACAAAUGCUUCUAGAGGGUUGCUAAAUCAACCUGUUGUAUUCGUUGAAGCUGCCUACGAGUUGGAUGAUGGGUUUUACACAUUAUUCGUCUUGGAUAUGGAUGGUUUGAGCCCGGGCAAAACAUGGUCCAAUGGCUAUCUUGUCUUUGCAGCCGCAAACAUUGAAGCUGAAUGUCUGAAACUGCAGACUGGAUGUCGACCGAUGCCCACAGUGGAACCACAGUUCCUACCAUGUCACGGAAAUGUGGCACGCUAUGGGCCAUUGAGGCUGAUACUUUUCAAACAAAGUAAAAUCUACAACGGUAGCUCCAGCAUCAUAUCCUCGGACCGUACCAUCCGCUACGAGCACUUAUACAAUAGUGACUAUCUCCGUCUCCCUCCAGUUCGAAUGAACGAGUACACGGCACAGUACUGUAAAGAUUCCGGGUCACAUAUACUUCAGCUUUCAACAAAAAGACAAGAAAGAUAUCAGUUUGGUUGUAGCUAUAUGAAAAAUCAUCGUGAUCGAAUAACCAGUACUUUUCUGCAGCACUUUCCUAUCAUACCGGUUUUGCAGGCGAACGUGACCUUUGAGUUGAACCGAUGCCACAUCUACGAAGACUGGCUGUCAAAGCCACUCCGCCCACGCAGUGAAUCGAAAGAAUUUAGGAAGAAAUGCCCCUUUGAUACGGUGACAUGGGCUCGUAAUGUUGCCAAAGGAAAAAACGGCACGGAAUUUCUGGCGUUCCUGAGAAAUCGCGCAGAUGAUUGGUUUGGUCUUACGCAGAUUGAAAUGAUGCACCUUGAGAAAAUUAUGAAUUCAUCCUCGAUGUUCGAACCGGUGCAGAAUGAGGACGGCGGUGCACCUCCGGAUAUACAUGCCUAUUUCUGUCCUGCGUUUGUCAGACAAUUCAAGAAGUGUGUGAGAGUGGCAGCACGGGGUGAGGCUUACAGCCAGAUUUUGUGGAUUCUUGGAGAGAAGUGGAGUCCAAAUUUGGAAAUGUAUCGGACUGACUGA